CAGCUAGUUUUCCGCUGCCCGAUCUUUCUCCACUAUAUUUCUCAUUCUCUUUGCGUAAACAUUUCUAUCCAAGAAUCAGUUUUUUUUUUUCCAAAAUCAUUUUACAUAUAUCUGAAAAAAUAUGAGUUUAUUUGGUCUUGGAAGGAAUCAGAGAACAUUCCGGCCCAAAAAGAGUGCACCCUCAGGGAGUAAGGGGGCACAAUUAAGAAAGCACAUUGAUGCCACAUUAGGCAGCGGAAACUUGAGAGAGGCCGUAAGGCUUCCUCCCGGGGAAGAUAUUAAUGAAUGGCUAGCUGUCAACACUGUGGAUUUCUUCAACCAGGUGAAUCUGCUUUAUGGCACCCUCACUGAAUUCUGUACGCCAGAAAACUGCCCUACAAUGACUGCAGGCCCCAAGUAUGAGUAUAGGUGGGCUGAUGGUGUACAGAUUAAGAAGCCUAUUGAAGUUUCCGCUCCAAAGUAUGUUGAAUAUUUGAUGGACUGGAUUGAAACUCAAUUGGAUGAUGAAUCUUUAUUUCCUCAAAGGCUUGGCGCACCUUUUCCUCCGAACUUCAAGGAUGUUGUCAAGACAAUAUUUAAACGCCUCUUUCGCGUAUAUGCACAUAUUUAUCACUCCCAUUUUCAGAAGAUUGUGAGUCUUAAGGAGGAAGCCCAUUUGAAUACGUGCUUCAAGCAUUUCAUACUCUUCACCCAUGAAUUUGGGCUGAUUGACAAAAAGGAGCUGGCUCCACUGCAAGAGCUCAUAGAAUCUAUUAUUGUUCCUUACUGAACAUCCUCUUUUCAGUUUGCUUUUAACCUGUUUCAAUAGGAAAUGAAAUAGUAUGAUGUGAUAAAAAUGUGUCUUCAAUAAGUAUGUAGCCUAAGCUGACAUUUUAACAUUGAUAUUGUGCAUGUUUGCAUCAUUGUAUUUUUUCUUCAUGCUUUUAAUAUAGGUCUGAUUAAAUGAA